AUGGCGCCGGUCACGCUCGUGCUCGCCUCCAUCAUCGGCCGGUCGGCGGCCUUGGCGCUGCCGAAGGCCGCGCGGCUCGCGCGGCGCCCGUCGCUCGGUCGGCGGCUCUCGGCGAGCGGCGGCGCCGUCGCCGAGGAGAAGAAGGUGCCCGUCACGCUCCUGUCCGGCUUCCUCGGCGCGGGCAAGACGAGCCUCCUCCAGAGCCUGUUGAAGACCGCGGCGCGCGACGCGGACCUCAAGGUCGGCGUCGUCGUCAACGACAUGGCCGCGGUCAACAUCGACGCGAAGCUCAUGCACUCGCCCUUCGAAGGCGGCGGCCGGGACCAGCCCGCGGAGUUCGUGGAGAUCGGCGACGGCUGCGUCUGCUGCACCAUGGCCGACGAGCUCUUCAGCACGCUCGCCCAGCUCAGCGGCGUCUCCGCGGCCAAGGGCUACGCCUACGACCACAUCGUCGUCGAGGCGACGGGCGUCGCGGAGCCGCGGAAUUUGCGCGACCAGUUCCAGGACGCGGAGGCCGCGGGCAUGCCGCUGCUCGAGUCCGUCGCGCUCGACACGCUCGUGACCGUCGACCGGCCGGACCUCGCGGCCGCGUCCAAGGACGACCCCCUCGCGUCGCUGCUCCACCGCUUCGACGGGUCGUCCAUGCGCGCCGUCGUCGACCUGCUCGUGGAGCAGGUCGAGUGCGCGGACGUCGUCCUCCUCAACAAGGCCGACCUCGUGACCGACGAGCAGAUGGCGCGGCUGCGGACGAUCAUCUCCGCGCUCAACGCGAACGCGAAGGUCUACACGUGCGAGCACGGCGAGGCGAAGCUCGACCGCGUGCUCGCCGUGGCCGGCGCCGAGGGCGCCGCGGGCCUCGGGCCCGUCGACGAGCACAAGGUCGCCGAGCGCUUCGGCAUCGAGUCCUUCGUCUACGCGCGGCGGCGGCCCUUCGCGCCGUCGCGCCUCGGCGCCGUGCUCCGCGAGCUGCCCGCGGACGUCGACCUCGGCGCGGCGCUCGCGACGCUCGUGCGGUCCAAGGGCUUCCUCUGGCUCGCGUCGUCCCACGACGCGGCCUACUACUGGAGCCACGCGGGCGCGUUCUUCAACGCGGAGCUCCUCGGCCGCUGGUGGGCGACGCUCCCCGAGGAGCACUGGCCCGAGGACCUCAAGCCGUCGAUCCUCGCGGACUUCGACGGCGACUCGCCCGACGGCGACCGCCGCCAGGAGAUCGUUUUCAUCGGCGCGGACCUCCUCGCCAAGCAGGGCACCAUCGAGGCCGCGCUCGACGGCUGCCUCCUCACGGACGACGAGCUCGCGGCGUACCGCGGCGCGGACGACGCCGCGCUCGAGGCCCUCUUCCCCUCGGACCUCAAGAUCAAGGCCUAG